UGAUAGGGACCUGUGAUAUAUUGAUGAAGAGGAGGAUGAUAGGGGACCUGUGAUAUAUUGAUGAAGAGGAGGAUGAUAGGGGACCUGUGAUAUAUUGAUGAAGAGGAAGAUGAUGAUAGGGACCUGUGAUAUAGUGAUGAAGAGGAGGAUGAUGAUAGGGACCUGUGAUAUAGUGAUGAAGAGGAGGAUCAUGAUAGGGACCUGUGAUUUAGUGAUGAGGAGGAAGAUGAUGAUAGGGACCUGUGAUAUACUGAUGAAGAGGAGGAUGAUAGGGACCUGUGAUAUAGUGAUGAAGAGGAGGAUGAUGAUAGGGACCUGUGAUAUAUUGAUGAAGAGGAAGAUGAUGAUAGGGACCUGUGAUAUAGUGAUGAAGAGGAGGAUCAUGAUAGGGACCUGUGAUUUAGUGAUGAAGAGGAAGAUGAUGAUAGGGACCUGUGAUAUACUGAUGAAGAGGAGGAUGAUAGGGACCUGUGAUAUAUUGAUGAAGAGGAGGAUGAUAGGGACCUGUGAUAUAUUGAUGAAGAGGAGGAUGAUAGGGACCUGUGAUAUACUGAUGAAGAGGAGGAUGAUGAUAGGGACCUGUGAUAUAUUGAUGAAGAGGAUAAUAGGAACCUGUGAUAUAGUGAUGAAGAGGAAGAUGAUGAUAGGGACCUGUGAUAUAUUGAUGAAGAGGAUGAUAGGGACCUGUGAUAUAUUGAUGAAGAGGAUGAUAGGGACCUGUGAUAUAGUGAUGAAGAGGAGGAUAGGAACCUGUGAUAUAGUGAUGAAGAGGAAGAUGAUGAUAGGGACCUGUGAUAUAUUGAUGAAGAGGAGGAUGAUAGGGGACCUGUGAUAUAUUGAUGAAGAGGAUGAUAGGGGACCUGUGAUAUAUUGAUGAAGAGGAGGAUGAUGAUAGGGACCUGUGAUAUAGUGAUGAAGAUGAUAGGGACCUGUGAUAUAUUGAUGGAGAGGAAGAUGAUGAUAGGGACCUGUGAUAUAGUGAUGAAGAGGAGGAUGAUGAUAGGGACCUGUGAUAUACUGAUGAAGAGGAAGAUGAUGAUAGGAACCUGUGAUAUAGUGAUGAAGAUGAUGAUAGGGACCUGUGAUAUAGUGAUGAAGAGGAGGAGGAGGAUGAUAGGGACCUGUCAUGAUGAAGAUGGAUGUGU